AUGGAUUCCCUCAACUCCUUAUGCAUUCUUACUUUCUUUUUCAAGGGUCACACAAAUAGGACAAAGCCAUUGAUCCCACCAGGACUGGCAAUGCUAAUGCAGUUCUGUGCAGAUUACACUACCAUCAAUCUGAAGGAUAUGGCUCAGUACUACAGGUCAUCAGAAUGGAAUUUGCGCAACCUCUCCAAGUCAAUUGGGACACAGCAGGGGUCCUUCAGCGUGUUUGCUCCCUUGCAAGAUGGUUAUGGAGUAUUCAACAUUGAGGUUGGUGUGCGCAUUUCUACACUUGAAUGGAAACGGCAUCUGUGGGACUUUCUCCUGCAUUUGACCAUGGAGCCCGCCUACACCACAGACGAGCUUUACCAACUUUUGGAAGAUGCUGGUGGUACCAUGGAAGUGAAAAUGUUGAGUGGCUUCCAUACCACAUUUGCUUUGGACGACGAAGGGGAGCUGACCAUUGAUGGAGCCAGGCUGCUGAAACCAUAUGACAUGAAAGGUGUUGAUGGGUACAUCCAUCUUGUUGAGCAAGUGCCCUUGCCUCCUUCUGUGCUCUACACUAUCUAUGACCAAACCCAGCAGAACCCAGACAUGACCACAGUCACAAGACUCAUUGACACAGUUCAGUUGGGCGUCUUCAUUGACAAUCUGUUGCCUGUGACAUUCUUUUCUGCUGUCAACAGUGCUUGGGAUAUCAUCAUUCCUUCACUCGAGAUAGAGGAUGUGCUGAAGAACAUGAUGUUUGAGUUGUUGUGGUUUGAUGACUACUUGGCAGACAUGGAUGGACAACAAAUCACUUCAGUCAAUGGGAAGAAGUGGAAUGUUCAGGUAUUUGAUGACCCUGAUGGAGAACCAUUGCAUUAUGAUCCUGAGCGGUCACCUGUGAGGAUCUACAUCAGCAAUGCUGAUGGUCCAGAAGGGUUGACCAACUGCACUUUCAUGUAUGGCCCAAAUAGAACAAACAUCCUUGCAAGAACAGGAGUCAUCCACCACAUGGACUGCCUCCUUCUCGACUACAACUACUCCAAGGUGGACCAGGAGGCGCCAACAUUUGCACCAGUGCAAGUAACUUCCUCUCCAUCAAUAAAUGCUGGAAAAUGCGUUGAUGAUAGCUGUCCAUGUGGUGAAUUCUUUGCAGAGGAGUGGGGAACCUGUGUUGAAUUGACAUGUUGGAAUUGGCACAUACACAAGAAUGACGAUACUUUUGCCUUGAGCGAUACGAACCCUUGCCAAGACGAGUUUCACUUUUGUGGAGGCGAUGGAAGCUGCCACCCCUUUAGUUGUGAGAACUGGUAUCGAUAUGGAGCUGGCUUCUCAAUGGACAAUAGUCCGGAUGAUCUGAUUUGUGGUGAUUAUGUCACCCUGAUUGACGAUUUACACUCCGUUAGCUUUGGUUGCCGUCCCUACUUGCCAGGCAGAAUGAUACCGCAGAGAAGAAAUGAAGUCUUUUUCUUCAACGAAGAGUGUAUUGCUGCUGCUGACGGUCAGGAGUUUCGAUGCUACCAAAACAAGGUGGGUACAAACUACGAUGACUUCUUGCGGGAAGCGGCUCGUCUACAACAAGAUUCGUGCGACCGGGAGAUGUACGACGUGGAUCUUCCUCAAUAUUGGUACACUGCUGUAGUUGCGCAAGGGCGCGACAGUGGCGGCAGCACAACACAUCAACGGACUCUCUCUGGGCCGACCUUUGAUGGGGAGAAGGCUGACAUGACCAUGUAUGCCAUCACGGUAACAGUGCCCUCGUCGACGACACCGCCGCCCGCAGAUCCCGUCGGUCGGUGCCUGCGCCAGUUCAACGCUGCAGAGCGAUGCGUCAUCGAGUCGCAGUGCGAGGAUGCAUGCAACAACAUCCUUGCGCUUACCAACGCAAAUAUUGGAAACGCGGCUCAAUCCAACGAUGGAGAACCUCCUUCUCUCGGCGACCUCGUGGAUGUGUUCGUAGACAUCUUCGAUAGUGUCUGCAAUCAAACCAAGACAUCGGUCUGCCAGAUGAGAGAAUGCUGCGCUGGUUCUUGUGUUCCACAGAUUGAUGAUUCCUUUGACUGUAUGAUAGACGCGGCAAGAAAAGAUUUUGAAUUGCAGCUAGCAGAUCUAAUACCCGAUGUUAGUCAGCCCAGCAUCGAAUGCAGCGUUACCGAUCAUGUCUGUCCCAGUGAAGACGAAGUCCCGGCAUCCAGUGAAGACGAAGUCCCGGCAUCCAAUGGCACCUCCGCGAACGAAACAAGUCCACAACAAACGCCUGCGACGCCGGCAAAUGCAACAAUCGUGCAAGUGAACACUACUUUUGACGUCUUCAACACUCGAGGUCUCAAAGCCGAGGACUUGCUGCUGCCUGAAAAUCGAGCCAUUCUCAUUCAGGCUCUGACUGACUUUAUCACGAACCUGGUGGAACAAAUUGAAGGCCAGAAUCAACAAACACGCCUUUUGCGCCUGCGCUCGCGAUAUUUGGCUGCGGUGUUGCUCCCCGGAAGCAGUCGGAUUGUGGAUAUCCGCGAUGUUGAAUGUCGUGCCGACGGCACAAUUCCCGAGAAUGCUACCUGUCAGAAUGUGUAUGGUCAGUACGACUUGAAGGUGGACGACAACGACGACAAGGAGUCUGUCUACAACACCUACCUGCAGGCCACGGAUGAUGCCAUUGAGCAGGGCAAAUUGCAAGAAAGCCUGGCUGCGGCGUCGCCAUCAUCGCCCAUUACUGUUGGCGGCCCCAUAGAACGAGAAUCUGCGUCGGCGGGAGGCUCCGAAACCAGCAUUCCAGUAAAUAUGAUUCAGGCGACUCAAGAGGAAGGGGAAGAAGACGAUGGCGAGAAGGGCGCUGCGUGGUGGGUGGUUCUUCUGAGUUGCCUGGCUGGCAUCUUUGGCUGUUGUGUUCUGGGCGUUGCCGGGUUGUACGUGAAGAAGCAACGGGAUCAGGAUGCCGACAAUGCAGAAAACGACGGCGUGCUGGAGGCGCCUGUCAAGCUGGCGCAAGAAGGGGAGAUGGCUCCGUUGGAAGGGGCUCCGGAGGAAGAAACGAACGAGGAUGCGCCAGGUAGCGACUCUAAUGACGACGAAUCCCGGGAAGAGUCACAUUCCAUUCAGGAUAACGAAGUCGGCGAAGAUGAGGCGUCGUCUCCCCUGGUUGCACGAGAAGCACCUCACGAUGCCCAGCCUUUACUCAGCGACGAUCCCAGUGCAUUCAUUGGUGCCGACGGAAACGAUCAAACGUCACCGUUGAUGGCGCAGCCAGCACCGAUCCGCGACCAACAGAGUGACUCAGACGACGACGACGAAGAGUGGGAGUAG